CAAGGCGAUCCAUCGAUUUCCAUUUUCGCUUGUGUGCAGAUAGGCGGCCGCUAUCUAUUUUCCUCGGGACAAUAAACUGCAUUGAGGGUUAUCUUUUCUUUUGCCAUAAAUCCGUCCAUUGGAGGAUACCGCUAUAAUGGGUGUUUUCCACGGAAGAGGUGGUUGUACUAUUUUACGCAGUUUCUGAUUUAAAAAAAGCAACACAUCCGGACGCCCGCAAGCUAGCGUCAGUUCUUCCCACUACAGUGGUUUCCUAUCAGCCAGUCUCUAAACGAGGAACACAAGCGAUCUUAACGGAAGGCGGUUCAGACCUGCAAACAUGUCAGGGGCUUCUGUAAAAGUUGCCGUCAGAGUUCGGCCCUUCAACACCAGGGAGCUCAGCAAAGACUCAAAAUGUAUCAUUCAGAUGCAAGGCAACACCACAACGAUACUCAACCCCAAACAGCCAAAGGAACCAGCAAAGACCUUCAGUUUUGAUUAUUCCUACUGGUCGCAUACCACACCUGAAGACACCAGCUUUGCCUCACAGAACCUUGUAUACAAUGACAUCGGCAAGGAAAUGCUGGCGCAUGCUUUUGAAGGCUAUAACGUCUGCAUCUUUGCUUAUGGCCAGACUGGAGCUGGCAAAUCUUACACCAUGAUGGGAAAGCAGGAGGAAGGACAAGAAGGAAUCAUUCCCAUGCUAUGUGAAGAUCUAUUUGAAAAGAUCAAUGAGGAGACCAACAAAGACGAGCUUUCCUACUCCGUAGAGGUCAGUUACAUGGAGAUCUACUGUGAGCGGGUGCGAGAUUUGCUCAAUCCCAAGAACAAAGGGAAUCUACGAGUGCGAGAGCAUCCACUACUGGGUCCCUACGUGGAGGAUCUGUCCAAGCUAGCUGUGACGUCCUACACGGAUAUCGCUGACUUAAUGGAUGCAGGCAACAAGGCCAGAACUGUGGCUGCAACAAACAUGAAUGAGACCAGCAGUAGGUCCCAUGCAGUUUUCACCAUCGUCUUCACACAGAAGAAACACGACAAUGAGACGGACCUCUCCACCGAAAAGGUCAGUAAGAUUAGUCUGGUAGACUUGGCAGGGAGUGAACGUGCAGAUUCCACUGGAGCUAAAGGCACCAGGCUAAAGGAGGGAGCAAACAUCAACAAAUCUCUCACCACGUUAGGAAAGGUUAUCUCUGCCUUGGCUGAAGUGGAUAACUGUACCAGCAAGAGCAAGAAGAAGAAAAAAUCUGACUUCAUCCCUUAUAGAGACUCUGUUCUGACAUGGCUGCUAAGGGAAAACCUUGGUGGAAACUCAAGAACAGCUAUGGUAGCUGCCCUCAGCCCUGCGGAUAUAAACUACGAUGAAACCCUCAGCACGCUACGCUAUGCGGACCGAGCCAAGAACAUCAAAUGCAAUGCUGUCAUCAAUGAGGAUCCCAAUAAUAAGUUGGUGCGUGACCUGAAGGAUGAGGUAGCUCGACUUAAGGAUCUGCUCCGCGCUCAGGGCCUUGGAGACAUCUUGGAGAUUGAUCCUAUGGGAGAUGAUUGCCCAGGAAGUGGAAUCAAAUGUGACAGUGCUCAAAGCUUUAAAAUGCCACUUCUGAGUUCUCAAAGUGAGGCUCAGAGCUACAGAAAGGAAGACCUCAAAGACAUUCAGAACAAUAAGAAUAGAUACUUGAUAGCCUCAGAGAACCAACGCCCUGGCCAUUUCUCCACAGCCCCUAUUGGUUCCCUGACAGCCUCUCCGUCCUCUGGCGCACUCAGCAGCCAGGGGGGCCUGCAGUCAGUCACCAGCAUCCAGGAGCGCAUCAUGUCCACACCUGGAGGAGAGGAGGCCAUUGAAAGACUCAAGGAAUCAGAAAAGAUCAUUGCUGAACUCAAUGAAACCUGGGAGGAGAAACUGCGGAAGACGGAGUCGAUCCGCAUGGAGAGGGAGGCUUUGCUUGCAGAGAUGGGUGUAGCAAUCCGUGAAGAUGGAGGCACUUUGGGCGUUUUCUCUCCUAAAAAGCUUAGCCAUGAAGUGACAUUUGAUGAGCAGUUUGAUUGUAUGUCUGCCGAAAAGCCUUUCAGUGGGAAAUCUUGUGAUCUCUAUACAGACUUUAAUGGGGUGUUUUCCCCAAAAAAGACUCCACACUUGGUCAACUUGAAUGAGGAUCCUCUCAUGUCUGAGUGUCUGCUCUACUACAUCAAAGACGGGAUCACGAGGGUGGGCCAGGCUGAUGCUGAAAGAAGACAGGACAUCGUUUUAAGUGGAGCUCACAUCAAAGAGGAACACUGUAUUUUCCGCAGUGAAAGAAAUGCAAACGGAGAUGUCAUUGUCAUGCUGGUGCCCUGUGAGGGAUCAGAAACCUACGUCAACGGCAAACGGGUUGAGGAUGCAAUCCAGCUUCGUUCAGGCAACCGCAUCAUUAUGGGAAAGAACCAUGUGUUCAGGUUUAACCACCCAGAGCAAGCCAGAGCUGAAAGGGAGAAGACGCCCUCCGCCGAAACCCCUGUGGAGCCCGUGGACUGGACGUUUGCUCAGAGGGAACUUCUGGAGAAACAGGGCAUAGACAUGAAGCAGGAAAUGGAAAAAAGACUCACUGAGAUGGAGAUCUUAUACAAAAAGGAGAAAGAAGAAGCUGACCAGCUUUUGGAACAACAGCGACUGGUUUACGAGAGCAAGCUGCAGGAGCUUCUGAAACAGGUGGAGACUCGCUCUCAGGUAGCAGAGACACCUGACGAGGAAGAUUUGGAGGAGGAAGAGGAGGAGGAAGAGCCAAAACUACUGGGACUGCCGUGGACCCAGCAUGAGUUUGAGAUGGCUCAGUGGGCCUUCAGGAAAUGGAGGUACCACCAGUUCACUUCGCUGCGUGACCAGCUGUGGGGGAACGCCGUCUACCUGAAGGAGGCCAACGCCAUUAGCGUGGAACUAAAGAAGAAAGUGCAGUUCCAGUUUGUUUUGCUGACAGACACGUUGUACUCUCCGCUGCCCCCGGAGCUCCUGCCGCCAGAGCCGGAGAAAGAGCGCGACGCCAGGGCUUUCCCUCGCACCGUGGUGGCCGUCGAGGUUCAAGACCUGAAAAACGGAGCCACUCACUACUGGUCCCUUGAAAAACUUAAGCAGAGGCUGGAGCAGAUGAGAGAGAUGUACGAUCGUGCCGGAGAAAUGGCUUCCAAUCAGCAGGAGGACAGCGAGGGUGCACUGACAGGAAAUGACCCCUUCUACGAUCGUUUCCAUUGGUUUAAGCUCGUGGGAAGCUCCCCCAUCUUCCACGGCUGUGUAAAUGAGCACCUGGCCGAACGUACCCCUUCCCCCACCUUCUCCACCACCGACUCUGAGAUCACAGAGCUGGCAGACGAGCGCCAGAGCGAGAUGUCCGACUUCAUAGACGACGAGGCGUUUGUAGACGACACCAGCUCGGACGCCGGCACCGAGGAGGGCUCGGACAUCUUCAGCGAUGGGCAGGAUCCCUUCUACGACCGCUCCCCCUGGUUCAUCCUGGUGGGAAGAGCUUUUGUGUACCUGAGCAACCUGCUGUACCCCGUACCGCUGGUUCACCGUGUUGCCAUAGUAACAGAAAAGGGCGACGUGCGUGGUUUCCUGCGCGUGGGGGUCCAGGCUAUAGCUGCUGAUGAGGAGGCUCCAGACUAUGGGUCAGGAGUAAGACAGUCGGGGACUGCGAAGAUUUCCUUUGAUGAUGAGUACUUCAAAAAGAAUGAUUUUCCCUCCACGGUUAUGACGCGCUCUGGCUUGUCACUGGAAGAGCUGCGCAUUGUUGAAGGUCAGGGUCAGAGUUCAGAGGUCAUCACACCCUCGGAGGAGAUCAACAGAAUCACCGACAUGGAUCUCAAGCUGGGUAACAUCGCAGACACCAAGCUGUGUCAUGGUGAAGACCUGGCCGGCCAGUUGGAGGUGGGAAGCACCUUUACUUUCCGAGUUACCGUCCUCCAGGCCAGCGGGGUCCCACCUGAGUAUGCCGACAUCUUCUGCCAAUUCAAUUUCCUUCAUCGCCACGACGAGGCCUUUUCCACCGAGCCUCUGAAGAACACGGGCAAAGGAGCUCCUCUGGGCUUUUACCACGUCCAGAAUGUUUCAGUGGAGGUCACAGAGUCUUUUAUCGAGUACAUCAAGACCAAGCCCAUCGUGUUUGAGGUUUUCGGCCACUACCAGCAGCACCCGCUGCAUCUUCACGGCCAGGACCUGAUCAGUCCUCCAACGUCAUCAAGGAAAUACUAUCCUAUUCCCAUGCCUCUCUCUAAACCAGACCAUACCCGUAAGAUCGAGCUGAUCCGCUACCUCGUAAGCGGCUAUAUGCACGGCAAAGUGCUGGACACGCUGUCCGAGCACGCCAACGCCCUCGCCUCGUCUGCGGUGGCCAGUCUGGAGGACGAGGCUGACCAGCUCUCGCAUUUCCCGUUCCUCCCAGCGUCCACCGACCCCGUGUUUAUUGUGCCCAAGCACCAUGUUCCCGCCACUAAGCUGAACACCAUCACCAAGUCCAACCUGGGUCAGUGCGUCAGCAAGUACGACCUGCUCGUCUGGUUUGAGAUCAGCGAGCUGGAGCCCACUGGAGAGUACAUCCCAGCUAUAGUGGACCACAGUGGAGGACUGCCCUGCAACGGUACCUACCUGCUCCACCAGGGGAUCCAGCGGAGGAUAACAGUGACUCUCAUCCACGAGAAGGGCAGUGAGCUCCACUGGAAGGAUGUUCGGGAACUGGUUGUGGGUCGUAUCAGGAGCAAGACUGAAGUGGACGACAGCGCGGCUGAUGCCGUACUGUCCCUUAACAUAAUUUCUGCUAAGAACAUCAAGUCGUCCCACAACACCAACCGGCUUUCUAUUGAUAAGGAUAUUGAUAGAACUUUCUAUCGCUUUGAGGCAGUGUGGGACAGCUCCCUGCACAAUUCCCUCCUACUCAACAGAGUCACCCCUUAUGGAGAGAAGAUCUUCAUGACCGUAUCUGCGUAUCUGGAGCUGGACCAUUGCAUCCAGCCUGCCAUUAUUACCAAAGACAUCUGCAUGGUUUUCUACUCCCGAGAUGCAAAGAUCUCACCUCCACGUUCUCUCAGGAACCUCUUUGGUAGUGGGUACUCCAAAACCCCUGACUGCAACCGAGUCACUGGCAUCUACGAGCUGAGCUUGUGCAAGAUGUCCGACUCUGGAAGCCCAGGGAUGCAGCGGAGGAGGAGGAAGGUCCUGGAUACAUCAGUGGCUUAUGUGCGUGGAGAGGAGAACCUGGCCGGCUGGCGGCCCAGAGGAGACAGCCUCAUCCUGGAGCACCAAUGGGAGCUGGAGAAAAUGGAGCAGCUGCAUGAGGUGGAGAAGACUCGUCACCUCCUCUUGCUGAGGGAGAAGUUGGUAGAGGCAGCUCCGGUAGGAACAGCUCCCACCACCAAGUCCCUGAGCGAGUCUCUGUCCCCAAGCUUGAGCUCAGGCACUCUGUCCACCUCCACCUCCAUCUCCUCGCAGAUCUCCACCACCACCUUUGAAAGCGCCAUCACGCCGAGCGAGAGCAGCGGCUACGACUCGGCAGAUAUUGAGAGCCUGGUGGAUCGUGAGAAGGAGCUGGCCACUAAGUGCCUGCGCCUCCUGACACACACCUUCAACAGUGAAUACAACCAGGUGGUCAACAGCAUUAGUGACUGCAAGCUGUCUGAUAUCUCGCCUAUUGGACGUGACCCAUCAGUGACCAGCUUCAGCAGCGCCACCCUCACCCCCUCCUCCACCUGUCCCUCUCUCUCUGACUCUCGCUGUGGCUCCAUGGACCAGAAGACCCCCGAGAACUGCUCUCGCGCCUCGAGCCCCUCCUGCUCAGACUAUGAGAACUUCCCAAUGGUUCCCACCGUGGAGAUGUCCUACCUUGCACGGGCUGGAAAGAACGAGUUCCUCAACUUGGUGCCUGAUAUUGAAGAAAUGAGACCAGGGUCUGUUGUGUCUAAGAAAGGCUUCCUAAGUUUCAUGGAGCCACGCUCUAAUUCGUGGGUGAAGCACUUUGUGGUAGUUCGCCGGCCCUACGUUUUCAUCUACAACAGUGACAAGGACCCGGUGGAGCGAGGCGUCCUCAACCUUUCCACAGCGCAGGUGGAAUACAGCGAAGACCAGCAGGCGAUGCUCAAGACUCCCAACACAUUUGCCGUGUGCACAAAACACAGAGGAAUCCUCCUGCAGGCCAACAACGAGAAGGACAUGAACGACUGGCUGUAUGCUUUUAAUCCUCUGCUAGCAGGAACGAUAAGAUCGAAGCUGGCGAGGAGGCGCAGCGGCCUGAUGAAGAACUGAGUGGAGCUGCACACAGGAAACAUACCAGCUCCCACUUUUUCUGAACAGCCUUUGAACAUACCAAGUGUUAACGGUUAUUAAUCAUUGUGAUUCUUGACGGUUUUUUUCCUUGUAAGUAGAAUUGUGGCUUAAGUCUCCUUUCAUGCGACUAAAAGUUUCAGUUCCAGAGAGGUUUGCCUUCCCCCACCCUCCAUCCAACUUGGCUCUCCUUCUUCUCCCCCUCAGCUUCUUGUCUUUACGUUUUAAUGACGAUGUUCAGGUCUAAUUAUGUUCCGCUUUGUUGUCAUUCCCUGAGCUCCCCUGCUAGUAGCAUGUUGUAGUAGUCUACUUGUGUGUGCACGGCUCUUCAGAAACUAACUCAGUUUGCCAAUCAUCUGUAAAAGAAAAAUGUCUUUAUCAGUGUUAUUUGUCUCCUAAAACAAGUUUUUAUUUUAUUUUUUUAUACAAUGUGCUCGCAUGGUAACUGCAGCAUUCCUCAGGAGAAGACCAGGUUUGCUCACUGACAAAAAAAAACAACAAAAAGCAGCUCAAACAAAUCAGAUAGUAUACCGUAAAAAUCACAAAGGGACAAAAUGACAAACACCGCCAAGGGAUGUAUUAGUAAAUGCUCAGCUACACAAACUAGUGCUGAUGAUAGAUUAGUUUAUUUUAUUAAUCCUAGAUGAGAUUUGAACAGGUCGCAGCUUCCACCCGAAGCAGCUCCCCUGAACUGUCUCAAAACACGAAAGGUCAAAAUUGCAAACAAAAUCCUGUCGAGCGCACAGAGACGCGAGGGCAGCGCUGGAUCUCCACCGUCUACAACCUCUGUAAAUACUCCACCUCCAGCCCCUAAUAGUGCCAGUGUGGGUCAGUGCAUUCGUGUCUUCAUCAAAAAUGCAUACUAACUGGCUUAAACAAGCAUAAAUGUAAGACCUUCGUACCUCUGCGGUGGAAACACAAGGGUGACAUGUUCCUACAGGAGUAGAUAUUUGUCAUUAUGCUGUUUCAUCUAAAAAAUUUGAAAAAAAAAAAAAAAAAAGACAAGGGUAAGGAGGUAUAAUAUGAUCUAAAGAGUGACUUUCACUGGAAACUAUGGUUUUGUUCCCAUUUAAGACAUUCCUUGUAGCUCCUGUUGCUUACACUAAUACGCUCAGACCUCCGCAGAGUCUCAGAAAUGUGUAACUUAACUGUAAAAAAGUAAAAAAAAAAAUAAAAAAAACCCCACCUGCGAUAAUGAAGAUAUGACAUGGUGAGAAGUAAGGAAUAGAAUGAAGUUGCCGUGUUUUAGCCUUGAUGCCAGUAGUGAGCUGACGAAGCUGCUUGUACAGGACCUGCGGGGUAGUUAGUGACACGGCUCCACCGGCGUCGGGGGAAAUCUCUAAAGCAAAGUGCUCACAGUUCAGCUGCACCACGUUACCACUUCUUCAUUUUCUGUUCACAUAUCUGAAUUGAAACCUCUUUAACUCAACUAACUUAUUGUUUUUCUUUUUUUAUAUAUGUAUAUCGUUCUUAUCUUUUUUUUUUUGUUUGUUUUAUUUUAUUUUUUUGCUUUUAAUCAUUCCACAGUGGUGUUUUCUAUGAAUUCUAACAGAGGGCAUUUAUUUCUUGAUUUCUAACCAGCAUUUAUUGGUGUUUCAAGUUAUUUUGCACAUUAGCUCAUAUCUAUAGCAAGACGAAGGCAGGUCACGUGGGAUUAUGUCCGAGCAUCAGGAACAAUGAUGAGAGUGGAUACGAAGGCUACACUGGGUGAUAGCUGUUUUCUAGAAAGAAAUAUUAAAGGGACGACAUAGUUUUUAUUUCUGAUAUCGCUCAGGAAAAUAUUUGCUCUGCACAUCGUGCUGCAGCUGCUACAUUUGGCUCCAGGUGAACUUGCGGUGCCUCGAUACAUACCAGACUUUUGUUAGCAACACAGAUGUGGCAUUAUUCAACUCUGGCCUACAAACCAGCAGUAUGCCCAGCGUGUUUCCUGAAAGGGACGUGAAUGAUGAAAACAGAGGUGCCUGCACUAUUAUAAUUGGCAUAAUCACUGCUGAUGUAAAGGAGAGAGAGGAGCGUCACUGUCCUGAGGUCAGCCAACCUGCUGGACAGACAUGCAAAAACCUCUUGGAUUCUUGAUUUCUGAUUUAAAUGAUAACUGGGAAGGUAAUCACCAAAAAAGGUUAACUUGGCAACUAUGCACUUAUCUAAAGGCACAAAAGUGCAGCGUACUUCACCUGAACAGCAAGAUAUACAUAUUUAAAUGAGCACAUCAGAGCAAACGUUUUCCUUUUAGUGGCUAAUUUGCAGAGGUAUAUUAUUUUGAAUUGUGUAUUUAUUGUUUGCAAUGUAUAUAUUAGUUUGCAGCUCUUUGCACAUAUUAAUAAAAGGUUCAACUAACUGAUCAAAUAAAGUCUGUGCGGUUUAGUUGUUCUGCUCAUGAUGAACCAAAUGAAGAUGUGGCAGCCUCCUCCGGUCUGAACUGGAAGAGAGUUGAAUGUACAAUUUUAAGAUGUGUUUUUCCUUCAUUAAAAGAUAAAUAGAUGAAAUAAUGAAUAAAAGACCUAAGAUGUAACCGCUGAACCUUUGCAGGAAGAGGUGAGUUACAUUAGUGCUUCCUCUAUCAGAAAGUGGUUUGAGUGAUCCAGUCUGAUUUUGAAGAAUAUUUACUCACCCCUCAUGCUGGCCAGCCGCCUGAAAUUUAACAACAAAAAAGGGUAGUUUUUGUUUUAUUUUAUUUUUUUCUACUAUCAGGGAAUUUAACACGACGUAGCUAGUAUCAUCUAAAACAAUACCAUUAUUGUGACUUUCUACAACACUUCUUCAGUUCUUUUUUUUUCCUUUUUCCAUUGAUGCCUUUCAAAUAAAACUAGCAUAUUUUCCAUCUGCCCCUCAGACAGCUGAUAUCAGUCACCCACAUUCUCUUUCGGAUUCGUGAAAAGAGUGACAAACGUGACAUUAACACUGUACAUUAUUUGUCAGGACAGGUUUCAUUUUCAUACUUAUUUUGUAAAUAUCUAUGUUGUAUGGAGCUUGGACUAAAAUGUAAAUAUGUUUACUGUAUUUGUAAUAAUUAUAAUCCAUUCGCUGUAUAGCAUAGAUGUGUCAUGCAGAUAUCCUAAUUCUGUGUAUGGUAAUCUUGCACCAUUGAACUGUUUAGUGAAUGAGGCAACAAUAAAAGUGCAAACUGCAUUAGCAAAAACUAA